UUUGGUCACAUGACCUGCCACUCUGAGCCAUAAAAGCCACUUUUUUGGAUGGUCCAGUUUCACACUGCCGGUCACGAUGAGGGUGCUGAUCGCUUUUACCACUCUGCUUGUUGUGGUUCUCUGCAAGGAGACCUUUGAGGGACACCAAGUGCUGCGCAUCGUCCCCAAAGAUGAAGUCCAGCUGGCUCUCAUCAAGGACCUGGAGGACAUGUCUGAGUUGGAUUUCUGGACGGAUGUGACUGAUGUGGCCUAUCCUGUUGACAUCAGAGUUCCCUUUGACAGUCUGAUGGUCCUCAAGGCCCACCUGAUGAGUCAGGACAUCGACUACACCAUCAUGAUUGACGACCUGCAGGUGAUGCUGGACGAGGAGCAGCAGGAAAUGGAGUCCGCAGCUCGCCUCGGUCAGCCAAGAAGCACAGACACCUUUGACUUCUCCAGGUACCACAACCUCAACGAGAUCUCCAGCUUCCAGGACAUGCUGGUGGCUGAGAAUCCCAGCCUGGUCAGCAAGCUUGUGAUUGGACAGAGCUACCAGGGACGUCCACUGAAUGUGCUGAAGUUCAGCACUGGUGGAACCAAUCGCCCUGCCAUCUGGAUCGACACCGGAAUCCACUCCAGAGAAUGGGUCACUCAGGCCAGCGGCACCUGGUUCGCCAAGAAGAUUGUGACAGAUUUUGGAAAAGACCCUGCUCUCACCACCAUCCUCAACAAAAUGGACAUCUUCCUGGAGAUUGUGACCAACCCUGAUGGUUUCUACUACACCCACUCCAACAACCGUAUGUGGCGUAAGACCAGGAAGCCCAGUGGCUCUGGGUGUUACGGUGUGGACCCCAACAGGAACUGGGAUGCUGGUUUUGGAGGACCUGGUGCUAGUAGCAACCCUUGCUCCGAGACCUACCGUGGACCCAGGGCUCACUCUGAAUCUGAGGUCAAGUCCAUUGUGGACUUUGUGAGGAGCCAUGGAAACAUCAAGGCCUUCAUCUCCAUCCACGCCUACUCCCAGAUGCUCAUGUAUCCUUACGGCUACACCAGGACUGCAGUCAAAGACCAGGCCGAGCUGCACGCUUUGGCUCAGAGGGCCAUCUCUGACCUGUCUACACUGUACGGAACUAGGUACAGAUACGGCAGCAUCAUCAACACCAUCUACCAAGCCAGCGGGGGCACCAUCGACUGGACCUACAACCAGGGCAUCAAGUACUCCUACACCUUUGAGCUGAGGGACACUGGAAGGUAUGGCUUCAUCCUGCCGUCCAAUCAGAUCAUCCCCACCGCCAAGGAGACCUGGCUGGCCCUGAUGACCAUCAUGAAUCACACCCUGAAUAACCCAUACUAAAAUCACGUGUGUUAAGGUGUGAAAGCCUGCAGGGGCAGUGGUGAGCAGACGAUAGCCUUUAAGGUUAAUAUCGCAGCAUCAUCAGCGUACUGGAGGACUUUAGGGCAUCAUGACACGUACAAGUGGAAAAAAAACGAGCAUGUCUGAAAAAAGUGUUUGCGAUAACAUGAUAUUAAAGAUGUUGAACACACA